AGACUACACCGCAUCAUGGACUACAUCGAAGAAGAGGCGCGGCCACGGUUCCUCUUCUCCUCCUCCUCCUCCUCCGGCGCCUCCUCAGCCGCUGCGCCCGCCGAAACCCGAAAGGUCAGCAAGUUCCACGCCGCCGCUUGCCUCUCGGCUGCCGCUGCGCUCCUCCUCCUCGCCUACCUCUCUCUAUCUGGCUCUCAAAUCCUCUCGUCCCUCCUCCUCUGGGCCGCCCUCUCCCUUGCCCUCGGCCCCUUCGCCCCCCUCUCCGCGACGGGUGGCGACGCACGGGUCGGCCACGGCGACCCCGUCCCCGACCCCGAGCCCGCCCCUUCUUUCUCGGAUCUCGACGAACCUAAGAGGCGGGUCCAAGGCCGCCGUACCAGAUCCCAGAAGCUCGACGGGCCUCCUCCGCCGGUUGCCACCAUCUCUAAACCCGCAGCCGCGGAGAGGAAUAAAGAUCUGAUCUUUGUCAAUGGCGGUGGAUCAACGAACGACAACAAGGGGAAAGAACAGGAAGAAGAGAAGGAGUGGACGGACGAGGACUUGGAGCUUCUCAAGAAGCAGGUCUCGAAGCAUCCGGUUGGUGAGCCGAGACGGUGGGAGAGGAUCGCUGAAGCUUUCCAAGGGCGGCAUGGGUUGGAUAGCGUGAUAGACACCGCAAAAUCGUUGUCGGAGAGGAGGCCCGCAGCUGGGGAUCCAUAUCAGCAGUUCUUGAAACAGAGGAAACCGGUGGAUAAACGAGUGGCAGCCGUCGAGGUAGAGUCGCAGCCGCAAGAUGGGAGUUUGAUGGAGCAUGGUGAUCCCAAGAAGGACAAUGGCGAAGGGAACGGAAAUUGGAGCUCAGGGGAGGAUAUUGCGCUCCUCAAUGCGCUCAAGGCAUUCCCCAAGGAUGCCGCGAUGAGGUGGGAGAAGAUAGCUGCAGCGGUGCCGGGGAGGUCGAAGGCCUCUUGCAUGAAGAGGGUUGCAGAGCUAAAGAAAAGCUUUCGGAGCUCCAAAUCUACUGAAGUAUAGAGCAAUUCUUGGAGGUGUUGGUUGGGUAUGUUCACUUUCAUCACUAAUAUCUUCUUUUGUUUUUACCACAGCAGACAAUGAUCAAUAUGAUUGAGUUCUCUGCAUGAGGAUUGUUUCCAUUA